AUGUCAUUGACCAAUGUCUAUCAUGUGCGCCGUGUCGCAGAGACCUCCGCUAAGGCAUGCAUGAUCUGCUACAAACCAUCGACCACUGUGAUGAUUACCCCAGAUAACAAGGAUUUCUUCUACGUGUGCCCCGCACAUCUCCAAGACCGUCAUUUCUGUUCUCCAAUUAUCGACACAGAGGGCCAAGCAAAACGCCAGAAAGAAGAAGCGAUGGCCAAAGAAAUAGAAAAGGUAAAAAAGGAGUAUGAAGAGAAACAACGUCGGAAAAAAGAGCAGAAGGCCUCAAGCAAGGAUGAAGACGAGAAAGAUAAGGACAAAGACGAGUCGAAGGACAAAAGCAAGGAUACCCCCGAGACCAACAAAACUGACGAGAAAGAAAGAGACGAUAAGAUUGCUUCUAUUCGGAAGGAUACUAGCACAGAGGCCAAGCCGGAUGAAUCCCCUCGUGUGUUCUCUUUGCACAAGAAUUUCUACCAAAUGCGCAUUGAUCGACUACGGAACAUAGAAAUGGCCAAGCGAAACCAGGAAAGAAUGAAGAAUCCUUCACUAUUUCCUUCUGUGCCAUCAGGGAAUCCUUGA